AUGGCCACAGCCUUGGCCCUUCUGACUGCAAAGAGGCAGGAAGAACUUCUGGAAAUGAAGGUAAAGGAAGAAGAGAAGGACCAUGCCUCUGGGCAAGAAUCUGGCCUGUCAAGAAAUAAUCCUCAUACUAGAGAGAUCUUUCGUAGACGCUUCAGGCAGUUCUGCUAUCAGGAGACCCCUGGGCCCCGGGAGGCUCUUCAAAGACUUCAAGAGCUCUGCCGUCAGUGGCUGAGACCAGACAUGCACACCACAGAGCAGAUCCUGGAGCUGCUGGUGCUGGAGCAGUUCCUGACCAUCCUGCCUGAGGAGCUCCAGACCUGGGUGCGGGAGUACCGCCCUGCAAGUGGAGAGGAAGUGGUCACUGUGCUGGAGGAUUUGGAAAGAGAGCUGGAUGAACCAGGAGUGCAGGUCCCAACCCAUGCUCACGAACAGGAAGAGUUUGUAAAGGAGAAGGCAACUCUAGGAGCAGCUCAGGAAUCUUCAAGUUGCCAGUUCCAAACAUUGGAAGAGCAGCUUCAGUGUAAUGUGCAAGAAGUGUGCCCAGCUCAGGAGACUGAUGGUGAGGCUGGGACUUGGAAUGUGGAAUUAGUCCCCAAGAGGAAGAUUUCUAAAGAAAUGAAAUCUCUUGUAGAAGUACCUGGAAAACUGAAUGGUGAUGUUAUUCAGGUCCCUGAAUAUGGAGACACCUUUGACCAUGGGAGCAGAUUGGAAAGGCCACGGGUAAGCUCUUCAGCAGAAAGACCCUAUGUCUGUGGUGAAUGUGGAAAAAGCUUUACCCAGAAUUCCAUCCUUAUCGAGCACCAGAGAACGCACACGGGGGAGAAGCCCUAUGAAUGUGAGGAGUGUGGGCGGGCCUUCGGCCAGCGGUCAGGCCUAUUCCAGCACCAGAGACUCCACACCGGGGAGAAGCGCUACCAGUGCAGUGUUUGUGGCAAAGCCUUCAGCCAGAAUGCAGGGCUUUUCCAUCACCUCAGAAUCCAUACAGGAAAACCUUACCAGUGCAAUCAGUGCAGUAAAAGUUUUAGUCGACGUUCUGUCCUCAUUAAGCAUCAGAGAAUUCACACUGGAGAGAGACCUUAUGAAUGUGAAGAAUGUGGCAAGAACUUCAUUUACCAUUGCAACCUCAUCCAGCAUCGGAAAGUCCACCCUGUGGCUGAAUCAAGCUAGCUCCUUGAAACAGUGUUUCUUUACCUUCAAAUUGCCUUGAUCACAGCCAUUUACUCUGAAUAAAUAUGUUCUCAGUUUGCAGUAGAUCUCUGUAAACAAUGUUGGGUUAUGUCUUAGCAUCAGCCUGAAGCACACCUACUGCUACAGUGAGCCACUCUUCUGAGCUGUGUUUCACCCAGAAAUGGAUUCAGUCCAGCCCUUCUGGGCUACACAAGAAAUGUCAGAUAGUUAAAGAAUCUAGCCUGCACAGAAAGUGAGCUUCUGACCAGGAGUACUGCAGACAGAACUUCAGGCAGUUCUGCUGUGUGUAUUUACUUGGGCCUCAAAAGUCCAGCUCCAGGCUCUUUGUCAUCUGUGGCUGAGACCAGAGAUACAGAGCAAGGAGCACAUCGUGGAACUACUGAUACUGGAGCAGUUCCUGACCAUCCUACCUGAGAACUCUAGGCCUGAGUUCAGGAGCAGCCCAGAAUAGAGGGAGGAAGCUGUUACUGUACUGGAGAACUUAGAGAGGAUGAUCCAGGAGGAAAGGUAAGAUAAAGAAGAAAUGGUCUAUUAUGAGACAGCAGGUAUUAUCUCCAAAGAGUUGACAUCUCCUCUUAAGUGUAAUCAGAGGGAAAUGGCUAACAUGUAUUGGCCAGUUAUUUUGUUUUUUUUAACUUAUUGGCUCUGUGUAUUUUCCCCUCUCUCUCUUUUUAUCCCAUGCUCUUGUAGGUUAAGGGAAACUCUGCUUUCUUUCCUCCUAUUCUGUGUUCUACAGUACUACUGGGAGUUUAAACUCUAGAAUUCUCAGUAAAUAUUACCCUCUUCAAACUGUAUCUAAUUGUCCCCAGGUCUCAUCCCUCCUACAGGGAUAGAAAGUACCCCAAGAGCAAAUGGCUUAUCUGGCAGCAGCAUAGGACCCAUCUGGGGUUCAGCUCUAGUCUGUAAAGGAUCAGCUCAGUUCUGAAUCUUUGGAGAUGCACCCUGUUCAGGAGAAAGCUUGAUCAAAAUGGGGAGUGUGAAGGUGCUUCCAAAGCAGAAGAAAUCUGAGCAAAUAACAUGCCAACAGGAAAAUACUGUCAGAUUUGAUGGAACUAUUCCUCAGAAUUUUGCAUAGAAGUCCAAAGAUAUAAGGGAAGACUAGAAAAAUAUUCAGAAAAUACCACAGUGAUGAAGGUGGAAUGAGUUUCACUCAGAACUCUGUCCUUAUUCAGUAUCAGAGACUCACACUGGUGAGAAAUCAUAUGAAGUGAUAAACGUGGAAAAACCUUUACUCAAGAGCACAUGCUUCAUGGAAAACAAGAGAAUUCCAGUAACAGCCAGCCACCAAAAAAAAGGGGGGGAAAUCACACUGAAGUUAGACCCACAAAUGUGAGCCUAUGGGAAAACUUCAGUGUAAAUGUUGGACUCACUCAUUGUAAGAGAAUCCACACUGGACACAGACCCUACAAUAAAUGUGAUACAUGUGGUAAAGCCUUUGGUCAGUAGCCAGCCCUUAAUGAGAACCAGAAUCUUCAUACUGGAGAGAAGUGUUACCAGUAUAACAAGUGUGGUGAAGCUCUCAGUCAUAACACAGAGCUUUUUCAUCAUAUCAGAGUCCCUACCGGAAGCAAACCGUUUUAGUGUAAUCUUUAUUUUGUAACUUGAACAAUGUUACAUUUAACAAAGUUAUAUUUAAUUUUGUCAGAAAAAGCAUUUAUUUAACACCUGUUAUAUGCUAGGUACUUAAAAAAAUGGUCUCUUCCCGUAACUCAUAAAGUUAGAGUUUAUAAUGUAGUAAUUAUUCGUCAGUUUUGGAGCGAUUUUUCUCCCCUUCCUCCUUGCUUCCAGCUACUUAUACAGUUCUAUAGGGCCACUUUUAACUGUUGCUCACAAUUGCCAAUUUCUUAGAUUCUUUGGUUUCUAUUAUGAUCUUGGAAAUCUGGAUUGUUCAUUUCGAUAGAAAGAAUAAUGGUCCCCCAAAAGAAUAAUCCUCAUCCCGUCUCUGGAACCUGGGAAUGUUACCUUAUAUUGUAAAAGGGAUUUUCAGAUGUGAUUAAGUUAAGGAUCUUGAGAUGGGAAGAUUAUUCUGGACUAUCCGGGUGGGCUCUGUACAAUCACUAGGUCCUUGUAAGAGGGAGGCAAAAGUGUCAGAGUCUGAAGGAGUUAUGACAGCAGAGGCAGAGGUCAGAGAGAUGUCAUUGCUGGAAGGGGGUCACAAGCAAAGGAAUGCAGGCAGCCUCUAAAAGCUGGGGAAGGCAAGAAAAUAGAUCCUCUCCUAGAACCUCCAGAAAGGACCUCAACCCUGCUGACAUUUUGAUUUUAGCCCUGUAAGACCAGUUUUUAGACUACUGACUGCAGAACUAUAAGAUAAUAGACUUGUAUUUGUUUUGCACUGAGCCAUUAAGUUUGUGAUAAUUUGUAAUAUCAACAAUAAAACACUAAUACACUCAUCAUUAAUAUUCUUUAUCAUAAAUAGAAUCUGUGUUCCUAUGUGAAUGCAAAAUAAUAAACGGGAAGCCCUGGAGGAAUAAAUUGUCUUUGAUACUCAAAA